ACUCUAUCAAUCUGUUUGUUAUUCCCCGUGUUCGCGGUUGGGGUGAGAACACCAAGGUUGCAUUGUUAGCUCUGACGAUUGUGGACCUUCUGACCGGACUGCUUUGCUCUAGUGCGGGUUUUACUUUCGAACUUUUCCCAGUACCUGAUGUCAUACGUAGCAUCAUCAUUGUUAUCUGCCCCGUCUUAUCAUGGCAAUCGAUGUGGAUUCUAACCCUGUCGUGCAUUGACCGCUUCAUCGCGGUAAGCCGACCGCUACGGUAUUACGUCAUCCUACCACGUCGCCGUUUCAAGAUACUUAUAAUGAUCAUAACAUUGGUAGCCAUUUUGAAUUCUAUUACAUCCUUCACUCACAGCAAAGUGGAAGGUGUCUGCAAUCCGUACGCCGGCGUUUGUUCAUCUGGUAUCAGACCAACUUUCGUUAUUUACACCGUUUUUCCGAUUUGCGGGGUGGUAUUGACGAUCUACAGCAACGUUUGUUUACUGUGGAUAACUCGCAAGCAUCGGCGUCAGAUUGCUGCACAGCGUCAGUCGGUCAACGUCGGUAAUUCCUCGGACACGCCACCAACCUCGUCUACUAAAGGCGUGAAGACGGUUCUAAUCAUAACCGCUGCCUUCUAUAUAUCAUGGAUACCGUCCACAAUAUUUGGCUUUUCCUCUGCGAUUACAAUGCAACAGGUCUCGCCCUACACCACCAUAGCACUGAGGUACUUGAUCAUAUGCCAAAGCUGGUGGAAUGCGGUGAUCUACUGGUUCAUCAAACCACCAUACCGCCGAGUCUUAAUAGGUUUAUUUCUUCGUCUCACUGGGAGGGGCAAUGGACCUACACCUCACUCAGACACUUCUGCACAGUCCUACAUGUCUUAGGUAGAUGUGAACAUGGAAAGACUAUCGAAGAACAAUGAAACAUUUAGUA